AACUCUGAAACAUGGCAGCCACCACAACGAACAAAAAACGGAAACCCGUGUUAUAAUUAAAGUGCGGAAAACCAACAUUCUCCCUUGUGCUACAUGUAACUGUAACUGUAACAUGAUGGAUGCUACUGUUGUUGGGACGGUGCUAGAUGCUCUGACCCGUGCCUCUAGUCAGAACACAGCAGUCCUAAAGCCAGCAGAGCAGCAACUCAAGUCAUGGGAGACACAGCCCGGAUUCUAUACCGUCCUCCAAACCAUCUUCUCUAAUCAUGCACUUGAUGAUAACGUGAGGUGGCUAGCAGUUGUUUACUUUAAGAAUGGUAUUGACCGCUACUGGAGAAAGUCUGCGCCAAAUGCAAUUGCAGAGGCAGAAAAAGUGAAAAUCAGGGGUCAGCUAAUCACAAACUUCCAGGAGCCUGUUGGUCCCAUUGCAACACAGCUUGCUGUCCUUAUUGGCAAGGUUGCCCGUGUUGAUUGCCCUCGUAACUGGCCGGAGCUCAUCCCCACGCUGUUGACUGCAAUAAGAAAAGCAGGGCACCUUGAACAGCAGAGGGCGCUCUUGACCUACCACCAUGUUAUUAAAACAUUAGCUGGAAAGAGAUUGGCUCCAGAUAAGAAACUCUUUCAAGAGCUGACAGAAAAUACCUUCAGCUUGUUAUUAGAGUUGUGGAACGCACACUUGGAUGAGUUUAUACACCAUGCCCAGAUGAAAGAUCAUCACAACAUGACUAUCUUACUGGAACUUAGUACGCUUGCUCUUAAAGUACUCAGGAAACAACUUGUUUAUGGUAUGCUGGAACCAGAUCAAAAUGCCAGUGCCAUGAUGUUGAUAGAGCUAGUGUUCCAGAGGAUCAGACCAAUACUAGAAAUAAGAGGGGAACUGUCAUCUACAAAUGGCCUUAGAGAAAAACUUGAGAAGAAAGUUCUCCUUUUAAUGAAAACACUUCUAGACACACAAGAUACAUUUCCCCUGUCCUACGUUAGCUUCAUUGGCAGGUCUCUUGAGCUGAGUGUAACAUACAUCUUCACUGAGGCAGGGAGAGGGCUUCUGUUUGAACGCUUUAUUGUUUUCAAUAUGAACCUCAUUAAGAGUAUUGUAAAGUGUGACUACUGUCGUGUGUCAAAGGUCAUGGAAAACAGCAAGGAUCUAGUGGCUAAUGAUGCCCAAAAGGCCAAGAAUGAGUUCUUUACAGACAGCGUGUUGUGGGAGAUGUGCCAUCGACUGCUUUCACAGUACUUCCUACUAACUCAAGAGGACUUAGAGAUGUGGGAGAGCGAUCCUGAAGGCUUUACCAUUGAUGAAGGAGGGGAGUCCUGGAAAUUCACCUUGAGGCCAUGUACAGAAGUCUUGUUCUUGGCAAUGUUCCAUGCUUACAGAGAAGUCUUCACCAAAGUUCUUCUUCAGAUAGUGCAAAGUGUCCAAGGUGUCAUUGAACCUACAAACAUGGACAUGCUCCUACAGAAAGAAGCAGUAUACAAUGCCAUGGGAUUGGCAGCAUUUGAACUUUUUGACGAAGUGAACUUUGACCAGUGGUUCACAAACCAUCUGCUUGGGGAGCUGAAUAAUAAACACCCAAGGUAUAAGGUAAUAAGGCGACGAGUAAUCUGGUUAAUAGGUCAGUGGUUAGGAGUGAAGCUAUCCCCCAGUCUACACCCUACUGUCUACCAGGCUGUACUACCUCUACUAGCUCAAGAUGAGGAUCUGGUAGUCAGAAUAACUGCUGCACAAACACUCAAGAUUGCUGUGGAUGAUUUUGAAUUCAAGAAGGAUAACUUCUUACCGUAUCUGGAGUCCAGUUUUGCCUUACUCUUCCAGUUGUUAAAACAAGUCUCGGAGUGUGACACAAAGAUGCACAUCCUGCAUGUAUUGUCUUUCAUCAUUGAGAGAGUUGAAGCUCAGAUUAGACCAUAUGCAUCCAGCCUUGCCCAGUACCUACCUGUGCUAUGGGAAGAAUCUGUAGAACACAACAUGCUCAGAUGUGCCAUUCUCUCAACACUAGUACAUCUUGUCCAGGGGUUGGGUUCACUAAGUGUGGAACUGUAUCAUUUCCUUAUUCCUAUCAUCAAGUUUAGUACCGACGUAUCGCAACCUCCUCAUGUAUAUCUACUAGAUGAUGGUAUUGAUUUAUGGUACGAGACUAUUCAGAAUGCACCAUUAAUGACCAAGGAACUCAUGCAGCUAUUUGGCAACAUGACACCUUUACUAGAAUUGGGAUCUGAGAAUCUCAAAACAUGCUUCCAGAUCAUUACAGCUUAUGUUCUCCUAGGACCGAAUGAAUUUAUGCAGAGCUACUCCUGUGCUGUAUACGCUGGAUGUGUAAGCCUCCUGGAAAGUGUUAGACCAGAAGGAAUUGUCAUUGUCUUGAAGCUUGUGGAGACAAUUUUAAAGGUGUUCCCAACGGAAGGUCCACAAAUCUUUCGACAACUCCUUCCCAAGAUUUUGCAGAGGGUUCUAGACAAAGAGGAGUACCCAACAGUGAUGUCCAUGUAUCUCUCCGUGUUUGCUAGGAUCGUAAUCAAGAAUCAAUCAUUCUUCUUCUCCUUCUUGCAGCAAUAUUGUCAUACCACUAAGCAACAGCCUGAUGAGUUAUUAAGUAAACUCCUUGUAGUAUGGUCAGAGAAGAUGGAUUGGAUAACACAAGCAGAGAGAAGAAAGCUGAGUGCCUUAGCUCUUAUGGCAUUACUACCGUCAAACUCAAGUGUGGUUGUUGAGAAGUUUCCUGACGUUGUUUAUGCAGUAGUGGAAGUAUUACAUGAUGUCUGCCGUGAGGAAAACGGAACCCAAGUCGAUUAUCUUGUGAUGGGAGACAGGGAAGAUGUAGAAGAUGAGUUUGAGACAGAACAUGAUAAAAGGAAAAGGAAACUGUCAAUGAAAGAUCCUGUCCACUGCACAUCACUGAGGGAUUUCUGCAUUCUACAAUUCACCGAGUUUGAACGCAUUCAUGGCACUCCUACCUUCACUAGACUCAUGGAAUCAAUUGACUUUGAAAUACGAGAACAACUGCAAAAUUUCUUCAAGUAAUCUACAGGAGUGAUCUCAAUAUGCUUGAAUUUAUUGACAUGAUUGACUGCCAUUGUGGCCAUUUCUAGUAACUAACUAUUCAUCGGAGUGAGCCACAUGAACAUCUAAACAAUAGUUAUCAUAACUGAUAACAACUACAACAAUUAUUAAUAACCACCACAAACAUAGCUUUAAAUCACUUGCAUGAUUUGCUCUUGAGAAAAGUAAUUGUAACUUAAAGUAACAUUACAGGAUUGGUUUUUGCUAACAAAGCUGGCAGUGUAAGCACUUUCUGUAAUCCACCAUAUACAAAUAAUAACAGUAAUAACAAAAUAACAAAACAGCGCUUCUUGGGCGCACUUAAUCUGCGAAUACAUUCAAAGGCGCUGGUCUGAAAGGAAAGAAAAAACCCAAGUUCAUGAACAGGCCUUCUGGAAGAGAUAUGUUUUAAGUUGCCGCUGGCAGAGGGAGAUGUUGUGUGUUUCUCUGAUAUGAACGGGUUAGCGGUUCCAGAGCUGUGGGCAAUACAGGAAAAGGCCCUGUCCCCAGAGCUGGCUACGCGGUUCUGAGAAAAAAAAGAGCUUGUUGCACGAUGACCUCAGACCCUGUCUUAAAUAAACUGUAGAAGUUUGAGAUCAAUCAGCCAUCUGGGUCACAUGAAAAUAGUGAAAAACCAAUUUCACAUUUUGCAUGACAUCGAUGCAAAAUUAAAAUAUGAAUAAAAUGCUCACUAAGCGAUUAACUCUAAACACAUGAUUAGAUUAUUUAUUUCUCAUGAAAUAUAACAUUUCAAACAGAAAUAUUUCAAGGGAUGUUUUCUUCUAUCAUCAUCAUCAUUAGAUCGAGUAAGUUUUAAGUAAAUCGGUGAUACUCACAAUUUUAUUUUCUUACAAUUCUGUAAUGAACGUUCCUUCAAGUGUGUAGUUAAGAAACACUUGCUUUUUAUGGUUGGUCACAUUGAGAAUACUAAUACUAAUUUUUUUUACUUUUAACUGCAAUUAAUAUUUGGGGGCACACACACUUAUUUUUAUAAGGAACAUUUACUGAAAGGAAGUGGACACUAUAUAUACUCAAAAUAAUUAUUCUCAUAAAACCUCACUUGGUAACAAAUAAGUAUA